AUGCGAUGUGCCUCUUACAUAUCGCCUCGACAAAGAGACAAGAGUGAAUUGUGCCCCGAUGGUCAAGAUCCCCGGCAAGGCGGCUGCAGUGAGGCCGCAGAGAGAGGCACCGGCGCGGGCGAUGAUCUCCCGCGGGCGCCGAGGAGGGGAGGGAGGGAGGGACAAGGUAGGGCGAAACGAAGCUUCAAGGUCUCAGGAACUUUGUUCGAGCUUGACGCAAUGUACGAGCUAAUCAAGCCGAUCGGUCUCGGCGCGUAUGGCGUGGUGGUAUCCGCCCUCAACACCGAGAAUGGGGAGAAGGUCGCGAUCAAGAAGAUAACGAAAGCGUUCGAUGAUCUCGUCGACGCCAAACGCAUCUUGCGAGAGAUCACCCUUCUCCGAAAAUUCAACCACGAGAACAUAAUAAACAUCGUGGAUAUCCUGGUUCCGCCAUCGCCGGAGGAGUUUGAAGAUGUGUACAUCGUGUCUAAUCUUAUGGAGACCGACCUGCACCGCAUCAUCAACUCGAAGCAAGAACUCACCCCAGAGCACGUCCAAUACUUCAUCUACCAGAUUUUGCGGGCCCUGAAGUACAUGCACUCCUCGAACGUUCUUCACCGGGACCUGAAACCUUCCAACCUUCUGCUCAACUCCAACUGCGAACUCAAGGUUUGCGACUUAGGCCUGGCGCGAGACAUCGAGAGUGGCUGUCAGGAGCUGACGGAGUACGUGGUUACCCGAUGGUAUCGCGCUCCGGAGAUUAUGCUCGGUUGCCAUGAAUACAGUAAGGCAAUAGACGUGUGGUCGGUGGGGUGCAUAUUUGCGGAGCUGAUGCUUCGACGGCCUUUCUUCCCGGGUGACAACUACAUAGACCAGCUCACCAUAAUCUGCGACAAGCUGGGCAAGCCGAAAGAAGACGAGCUGACGUUUGUCUCAACGGAAAAGGCGAGGCGGUUCAUCAUGAAGCUGUCUGCGACGACCCCCCAGCGCUUGAGGGAUCAGUUUCCCGGGACGGCGAGUGACGAGGCGCUCGAUCUUCUGGCCAAGAUGCUCGAGUUUUCCCCCGAAACGAGAAUCUCCGUCGAGGACGCCCUCAAGCACCCCUUUAUGCAGAGCUACCACACAGGAAACGAUGAACCCAGCGCCGACUUCGAGUUUUGUUUCGCCUUUGAGGAGGACGUGCCGACCAAGCACCGCCUGCAAGAGCUCAUGUGGGAAGAGAUGCGCCGCUACCACCCGGAGCAGGGGGAAUGGAAGGGAAAGGCGAGCCCCCCUACGGCUGCUGCGGCGAAGCUCAUUGGCUCGGCCAGGCCGGGUUUGGAGACGACUCGCCCAGCAAACCGCCCAGCUUCGCCAAGAGCAAGGACAUGUUUACACAUUGCAAGAAUGCCAUGA